ACAAAAUAAUAUCCUCAACUUGGUGUUGAGUUGAUGGUAAACCACAAAUUCAUUGUCCUUCCAAUUCAGUUUCCACUUUCCCCACCAAACUCAUUACACAAUUCCACCAGAAAAAGGCAGCAGAAACCAGCAACCAGCAACCAUCAACCAUCAACCAUCCAACCAUGGCGUCCACAGCCUCAUCAUUCCUACCUGACCAGCAAGUCCGCCGCAACACCCUCUCCACCACCACACGACCACCGCGUGCCACCGCCGCUGCUUCCGCACACUUACCAUCAUCAUCAACUAACCGGAGAGGCCACCUCAUCUUCACAGCAACAACAAUCCUGACAACAGCACUCAACUUACCAUCAUCAUCUUCACCCGCCAAUGCCAAGGACAUCCCAUUGUUCGGGCUGCGAAAGAAGCUGGAGAAGGCGGAGGAGCAGGCGGCGGAGCUAGUGAAGGAAGGGUUCGAAUCGGUGGAGAAGGGGCUUGACUCGGUCGAGUCAGGGAUCGAAUCGGCGGAGAAGGGGGUUGCUGCGGCUGAGCAGGGGAUUGAGAAUGCAGCUGAGAGUGCGAGUUUUAGUGGGUUAACUCAAGCUGGGUUUGUGGGUGGAGCUGAGUUUUUAGGGGUUGUUAUUGGUACUUCUGUUGUAAAUGGCAUUUUGAGUUCUCAGCCUCAAAAAUCCUGAAUUUUUGUAUCAAUGUUUUAGUUGAAAUUAUGUAAUGCUACAGUUUAUAUGAGAUUUGUUUUUGGUGCUACAAAUAUAAUAUACGAGGGUUUUCUGCAUGAAAA